AUGGCAGUGAUCAUGGACAUGGAGUUUGAGGAAAUUGGCCAUGAAUUAACCAAGGCAAUGGCGGUUUACACGGAUCGGCUUCGCAAGGAACAACUGCCGCUCCCGACGCUCAGAUCCAGCUCCUGUGGCAGCCAUCGGUUGAAGGAUAACGAGGGUAUUGCGGCUAUGAAACGGGUCAUCGAAUUGUCCCAAAUGAUCCAUUCAAUGGCUCUCGGGCCCCAGGCAGACCUUCUGCUAGUUUCUCACCAGCCUAAUCUACUGUCAUGCCUCAAAACAGUCAUCGAUCUUCGGGUCCAUGAACACGUACCACACAACGGUGCGAUUAUCGCCAGGGACCUGGCUGUUUCGAUCCAGGCGGACGAAGGCUUCUUGACCCGCAUCAUGCGUGUUCUAACCAACCGAUUGGUGUUUUCCCAGCCAAAGCCGGGCUACUACGCGCACAACGCCACCUCGUCAGCAUUGUGUGAUCCGGAUCUCUGCGAUUUAAUGGCUCACAGGUUAGAUUUGCACUUUCGCUCGGCAAGCCGACAACCGGAUGCCGCGGCCAAACUUGGGUAUCGCGAGCCCCGAGCAGGCGAUGCACUGGGGUUCAAUCUUGCUUUUGACACGCAGGACACCUUCUGGGAGCACUUCCAUGAAGAAGAAACUGGCCGUCGCUUUGAGCGGGCCAUGAGAGCGUUUGAAAAGGUUACAGCGCAGAGAAUCCCUGCUAUGUAUCCGUUCGACGAGUUGACAGCCGACGGCGGACUGAUUGUCGACGUCGGCGGUGGCCUGGGGCAGUUGGGUCUGAGUAUUCUGAAGCAUCAUCCGGAUUGCGGUCUUCGGUGUAUUGUGCAGGACAAGUUUGCCGAGCUUGACCAGGCAUUUUCUCAUCCUGAGCUAGAGGUGCGCCAACAUGAUUUUUUUACGCCCCAGCCUGUCAAAGGUGCCUCGGCUUAUGUAUUCAGACACAUCUUCCACAAUUGGUCUGAUGACGCAUGUGUGACUCUAUUGCGGCAAACGCUUCCAGCGUUGGAUGAAAGCAGAAGUCGGAUUUUGAUCUGCGACCAAAUUGUUGGCGAGAAUCACGAAAGCUUGGCGGCGCUGUGUGAUAUUGCUAUGCUGACCUUGUUCGGAGGCAAGGAGAGAACACUGGUCGAAUGGAAUUCACUGCUGAGCAGUGCGGAUCCCAGACUUAAGAUCAACAAAAUAAUUGUAGAUGACGCCUCGGGUGCAGCUAUCUUAGAUGUCAGGCUCCAGCAAUAG